CCCCAGGCACUUGUGACAAUGGUGGCACCUGGAUGCAGAGCCAGUGCUCCUGCCCCAGCACUUUCUCUGGCUCCCGCUGUGAGUUUGCUGCGGAACAAAUAGAUGUGGAUGAAGAAGGUCUACCAAAAUGUGGAGGGGUUCAAGGAGGUGGUGAUCCUUUCUCUGAGGAAUGGCAGCAUUGUUGUGGACUACCUGGUCCAGCUGGAGUUACCCUUCAGCCUCCAGCUGGAGAGCGAGUAUGAGAAUGUGAAAGUGGCCCUGAAGGAGGAGCUCCAGACUUUCAGCCAGAAUAGCAGCUGCGGGAAGGACCAGGUCUUGUGUUUUAAGCCUGAUUCCAUCAAGGUGAACAACAACACCAGGACGGAGCUGUCCCAGGAAGCCAUCUGUCGCCACGCUGCUGCCGUGGGCUACGAGGAUUUCUACUUCCCCUUGGUGAAGGAGAACAAGCUCCUCUGUGUCACCAAAUGCACGGCGGGCGUGGACGGCGCCAUCGACUGUCGUCAGGGCCAGUGCGUUCUGCAGAGGAGCGGUCCUUAUUGCCGCUGCUUCUCCACGGACACGCACUGGUUCUUGGGCUCGCGCUGCGAGGUGACCAUCUCCUGGAAGGCGCUUGUCGGAGGCCUGGCGGGGACCGCGGCGCUGCUGCUGCUGCUGCUGCUGGGGGCGCUGAGCGUCUUCGUCGCGCGCUCGUGGAGGAGGCGCGGCCAAGGCGGAGGCCUGUCCUGGGACGACAGGAAGUGGUUCGAGACCUGUGAUGAGAACACCGUGAAGACUUUUUCUAACUUGGGCUUCGAGAAUGACAGAACAGAUGAAAACUUCUAUGUGGCCUUGGAGAACGUGGACACUAAUGUGACGCUGCACUUCCACAAGCCUGAGGUGAACUUGACCUCUCUGUGAGCUCCACACUGCCUUCUCCACGCUGCCGCGGACAGUGCAGGGAACCAUCUGCACUGCCUCUGAAGAGAUGGCUGUGAACUCCUGCGGCUCAGUCUCCUGGUUUCCUUGGGCAGCAUCAGACUCCCCCCUGACCCCUAUCCUUCUCCCAACUUGUGUGAAACCCACCUGGAGACCCAGUUCAAAUCCAGGCUCUUCCACUCUGGGACCUUAGGCAAGUCAGUCACUUCUCUGAACCUCGGUUUUGUCACCUGUAAAAUGACUGUGGCCGGGCUUCCCUGGUGGCACAGUGGUUGGGAGUCCGCCUGCCGAUGCAGGGGACAUGGGUUCGUGCCCCGGUCCGGGAGGAUCCCACAUGCCGCGGAGCGGCUGGGCCCGUGAGCCAUGGCCGCUGAGCCUGCGCGUCCGGAGCCUGUGCUCCGCAACGGGAGAGGCCCGCGUACCGCAAAAAAAAAAAAAAAAAAAAAAGAGUGUGGCCCACUCGUCCUAAUACCUUGUGGGAUUAUUGUGAAAACCAGAUGUGCUUGGUCAGACCUCUGUCCCAGUGCACCUUCCUGUGUCGGCCCUCAUGCUUACAUGGCUUCUCUGAGAUCCCCAGUCCCCAUGUCCUUCCCCAGGGCUCAGGCCUCCAUUUCUCCUUUUCCUGGGCGCAUGCCUACUGCCGGGUCCUCACCCUGUACAUGCAACCAGCCUGCAGCCCGCCCCAUCCUCCUACCCUCUCCUUAUAUAACUCCCCUUGCACCCCUUGCCCCCAUCCCUUAAACUUUCUCCCCUCUGAACCCACUUCUUAAGUCACUUCUCCCCCACAGCCCAGUGCCCAGCCCUGCAUCUCCCCCAGUUUCCGUACUUUCCCCUUCCCCAUCCCUGUACCCUCAGCCCUAAAUACCCCCCUGCCCCCCGCAUCUCAGUGCCCCAGUCCUAAAUCCUCCCUCCUCUUCUCCCCCCAUCCCUAGCUAGGUACAGAUGCCCUCUGCAUCUUAGGACCCCCAGGUGGUGCUCCCUAGGCCAGGUCCCCCAUUAUGAGGCUCCAUUCUUCCUGUUACCCCCAGGUCCCUGAGGAUGAGAGGAAGUGGGGUCCUGAGGUGGGAGAGCUCCUCCAGCACCUCCUCCUCAUUCCCCUAACUCUCCCUCCCCUCCCUCAGUGCUUCCCCCCAUUCCUACCCCCUUCCCCACCCCUUCCUCCCUUCCUCUCCCUGGUCUCACCCCCAUCCCUGCAAUAACCUCUGGAGACAGAAGCCCCCAACCUCCUUUGCAGGAAGACCUCACUCACCUGGGGACAGGAAGUCUGCAAGUCUCCCGUUCUCCCAACUGAACAUAA